AUGAUCAACUACUACUCCAAGUUUGUCCCCAAUCUGUCCGUGAAGUUGUGUCCGCUCUACGCGCUGUUGAAGAAGAACGUUCAGUUUAAAUGGUCUGCUGAGUGCGAAAGUGCGUUCGACAAGUGCAAGAAGCUCCUGUUGAGUAACCGUCUCCUAGAGCUGUACAAUCCUGAGCUACCGAUCGUGGUCGUGUGCGACGCGAGCUUGAAUGGCGUGGGAGCCGUUCUGUGCCACAGAAGCGAAACUACCCGAAUCUGCAUCGAGGAGCUCUUGCCGUGGUCUGACCUGACGAAGUUCUUCAAGUACAUCUACGGUAAGCAGUUUACGGUUGUCACCGACAACAAGCCGUUAGCAGCCAUUUUGGACCAGAAGAGAGGUCUGCCGCCGUUGGCCGCGGCGCGGUUGCAGAAAUACGUUUAUUUGCUUUCGAUUUUUGAAUUUGAGAUCGUGUAUCGCAAGGGGUCGAAGAUUCCAAAUGCGGACGCUUUGAGUAGACUACCGGUUUCUGGUACCACCGGGGUCGACUCAGAGAUUGCUGAGCUGUUGAGGGUGACUGAGGAGUCAGCCAUGAUCGAUCUGGAGGUCAUAGGCCGGGAAACUCAGAGAGAUGCUCUGCUGAGUACGCUUUUCCAGCUGGUGCAAAGUGGGUGGGACGAGAGUAACGUACCCGCCGACCUGAAGUUUUACUUCGCAAACCAGAGUUGUCUGUCGUUGUUUAACGAUUGCGUACUUUAUUCGGAAAAAGUUAUUGUUCCGAAGUCUUGCCAAAAACGUGUUCUAGAGCUGAUGCAUGGUUGUCAUCUUGGAAUGAUCCGGAUGAAACAAGAAGCUCGACGGUACGUUUACUGGCCGGGGUUGGACAAGGACAUCGAAGAAUUUGUACAGCGGUGUGAGGUUUGCAGUAAGACCGGAAGAAUGCCGAAGAAGGUUUACUCGAAGUGGCCGGAGGCAAGUAGACCGUUCGAGAGAGUCCAUCUGGAUUUCUUUCACUUUGCUGGAAAAACGUUUUUGAUUGUCGUUGACGCCUACUCGAAGUGGAUCGACGUGAGGUUGAUAACGAUCAACAGUCAAGCAUUUGUGGACUACGCGAGACAGAUGAAAAUUGAGCUGAAGAAGAGUCCGGCGUAUUCGCCCGAAAGUAAUGGUCUUGCGGAAAGGGGGGUCCAGACAGCCAAGAGCGGUUUGAAGAAACUGAUGGCUGAUCCAAAGUACGGUAGCUGUAAGAUUCCGGAACUGGUCGAGGUUUUCCUGUUUAGUUACCGGAACAGUUACUGCCAGGCGCUAGGGUGUUCGCCUGCGAGCAAAAUCUUUUCUUUUGUGCCAAAAACCGAUUUGGACAGUAAUUUGAAGCCGAAGCAAGAAAAGGUAAAGAAAAGGGUUAGAUUUGAUCUGCGGGUCAAAGAGAAGAUCAUUGAUAAGCGGGAAAGUGUCAAUGAAAAGCCAAGGGUCAGGAAAAACGAUGAUUACGCUGUAGGAGAUCUUGUGUGGUACCGUUGUGAGUACAAGACGAUGAGAUCUUGGUUGGAAGCCGUGAUCGUGGGUGUUAACAGCAAGAAUACGUACUACAUUGAGGUAUCAGUUGAAGAAUAA